AUGAGUGAUCGUAUCUGUAUUCAUUCUAAAAGUAAAAUCUCUGUAGAAUUAAGUGCUGUUAAUCUAUUAAGCUGUUGUACAAGAUGUGGUCUUGGUUGUAACGGUGGUAUUCCAGGAAUGGCAUGGGAUUAUUGGAAAUAUGAAGGUAUUGUUACAGGAGGAUCAAAUGAAACGCAUACAGGAUGUCAACCAUAUCCAUUCCCUAAAUGUAAUCAUCAUUCAAGUACAAAAAGUUAUCCACUAUGUGAAAGUCAUUAUUAUUCCACACCAGAAUGUUAUAAAAGUUGUCAAGAUGAUUAUCGUAAACCCUAUAAAAAAGAUAAAUUUUAUGGUAAAACUUCUUAUAAUGUAGCCAGUGAAGAAAUUUCAAUCAUGAAAGAGAUUUUAUUAAGUGGUCCAGUUGAAGGUGGAUUCUAUGUCUAUGAAGAUUUUCUUCAUUAUAAAUCUGGUGUUUAUAAACAUAUCACUGGUUCAUAUUUAGGUGGUCAUGCUAUACGUAUACUUGGUUGGGGUAUUGAACAUAAUCAUAUACCCUAUUGGUUAUGUGCUAAUUCAUGGAAUGAUCAAUGGGGUGAUCAUGGUUAUUUUAAAAUUUUACGUGGUACAAAUGAAUGUGGCAUUGAAUCAAUUAUAUCAGCUGGUUUACCAAAGUUACAUCAAUAA